AUGGAUGUGGAGUCCUGUCUAAAAGCCUUUGAGAGCAGCUUCACCUCCUACGCCGGAGACGACCCGCUGGACGUCUGGAUUAGGUUCGUGGAGUACUUGGAUCAGAGUUUACCUCCCGGCGGCGACGGAAUGUCGACGGUGCUGGAGAGACUGGUUCAGAACUUUCUGGGGGCGGAGCGAUAUGCCAACGACGUUCGUUUUGUCCGCCUCUGCAUCAUAUGCGCCACUUACUAUUCGGAGCCCGAGGCCUUGCUCCAGUACGUGUUUAGCAAAGGCGUGGGCACCAGGACGGCGGCUCUCUACGUAUCCUGGGCGCAACACUUGGAGCGCAAAGCCAUGAGGGAGGAAGCCGAUGCAGUUUACCUCAAAGCCAUGGAGAACCGAGCAGAGCCUGUCCAAAACCUCAUGCAGGAGUACAGGCAGUUUCAGGCCAGAAACGGAAGCCGAGAGAUGCCGUCGGGAGGUGGAAUGGGCAGGCAGCCCGGCGAGUGCGACCCACGACCGGCAGGCGCGCCCGCCAUUCCCUCGCAGAUCGCGGCGGAACUUCCGGCCAAUGGCGUCUUUUACGUCAGCACAAUUUCACGCUCCGAAGUGCGGCCUGUGCCCCGUGACGAGCCCGAGCGCGAAUUGAUAUCCAUGUACUCCAAGCACGAGCUGCAGUGCUCGGAAAGCGAGCUCUGCUUUGAAGAAGUGCGCGCCAGGAUGUACUUUUUGAAGAGGAAAGAGAAGCGGGAGGCCGAGGAACGGCUCCAACUGGAGCGCGCGGUAAGGGAGGACAGGGAGGCAGUGGCCAGGCUGCGCCGCCAACUGGACCUCAUGGACAGGACGCUGCAGAUGUCGAUUCCUAUGGGACAGCCCGUUGGCUGCGACGCCUUCAUGCAAGAAGAAGAGCAAGCGGACGACCCGGAUGCGUCACGGGGAAGCGUGCCGGACAAUUCUCGGGAUUCGAUGAGCUGCGCGCACGUCACGCCGUCGCGCGUACCGCCUUCGCCCACCGUCAACACACGCGAAGCGCUAGAUGUGAUCAUGGGAAUGUUCCAAGCGCCCACCCUGAGUGGGGACGCCUUCGGAGACAGGUCGGCACUCUUUGUACCUGGAGAGCCGCCGGACCGUGAUGACCACAGCGCCCCGCCUGCCAGCUUCGCCUCCACGGAGCCGUUUACCAUUUACCAGGAUGAUGUCAGCGUCACUAAUUCCCGCACGAGCAGAGCGGCAGAAGCAGGAGCCCUGUCGGCGCGGUGCGACGGCCGGCUGGCGGCGUGUCCCGAAGACACGGCCGACUUUGCCACGGCGGCGCACUGCGUGUCCACGCCCUUUGCGCAAAGAACCGCUUACCACGUCGCAGCGAGCGGGACGUGCGUAGACGGGGACGAAAACACCUUCGUCAGACGUUUGCAGAAGCUCAGUCCCAUCUUGGAGCAGAGCCCGCCCGAUGAAAAGCUUCCCGCCUGCGGGGCGGCGCAAGAGUCCGUCACCGCCCCGCAACCGGCCGCCUUGUCCUUCGGGGAACGGACGCAGGGAGCCACCACCGCCGAAGAGCCUUUCGCCAUCCUGGAGGACACCCCGCGGGAACCCGUUCUGGCCGACCCUUGGAACGACGAGCUCAUCUCCCGCUUCCUGUCCGAGAUGAGCCCGCCCCUCAGCUCGCACCCGCAAUACAUCAGCUGGCGGUGCUGCCUCCCCAACAUCGCCCCUAAGAUGACAGUCAGCAUGGGAAACGCAUCUUUGCGAGUGGACCGCAUUCUUGGCCAGGGGGCUUUCGCCACAGUCUACCAGGCUAGCGACCCCACCGGCUCCGACAAGUUGGUGCUCAAGGUGCAGAAGCCGGCCAAUCCGUGGGAGUUUUACAUCAAUGCGCAGCUGGACCGUCGCCUGGGACCGCACGUCCGUCACCUGUUUGGCCGCGUCCACUCUGCUCACGUCUUCACCGACGGCAGCGUCCUGCUGGCCGAGCUGCACGGCUACGGCACCCUGCUGAACACGGUCAACCUUUACAAAAAUCUGGGCGACAAAGUCAUGCCUCAGCCUCUGGUCAUGUACUUCACCGUCUGUAUCCUGCGAAUGCUGGAAGAACUUCACGCCGCGCGCGUAAUCCACGCCGACAUCAAGCCGGACAACUUUAUGUUGGGACAGAGGUUCGCCGAGAACGACGACUUAGAUCCAGAGAACUUGGAACACGGCCUGGUCCUGGUGGACUUCGGCCAAAGCCUCGACAUGACUCUUUUCCCGGAAGGCGCGGCCUUCACCGCCAAGUGCUUGACGUCCGGCUUCCAGUGCCCCCAGAUGCUCAGCGGGAAGCCCUGGAACUACCAGACGGAUAUGUUUGGCGUAGCGGCGACAGCUCACGUCCUGCUCUUCGGAAUGUACAUGCAGCUGGCGGAGGAGGACGGAAUGUGGAUGCCCCGCGCCAGCUUUCGAAGGAACCCUCACGCCGACACGUGGCGGCACUUUUUCCGGACCUUGCUGAACGUGGACGCCUGCCACCCGGCGCCUGAGAUGCUGGCCGACCUGCGCCGUCGUCUGACCGACGUCUUGCGGCGGGACUACUCCGGAAAGAUGGCCUCACUCAAGAGCCGCCUACUGGUCCUCCUGUUGGAGAGCUCCAAGGCAGGCCGACGGUGA